AUGACUGUCCCUGACCACGGAGACCAUGGUGUCGCCAACCUCGAACAUGGACGUCGCCACUUUGGAGCCAAGUUGGUAUUCAUCGUCGUCUUCAUCUGCUUCGGUUCUGCCAGCUUUGGCUUUUCCAAUUCCGUCAUCGGUUCAACCCUGGGACAGCCGUCGUUUCUGCAUGCCAUGGGCCUGGAUACGGCCAAGAAUGCAAAUGAUCUCGUUGCGGCUGUCCUGGCUGUUUUCUUCGUUGGGGGCGUCUUCGGAGCCUUUACGCAUGCCUUGCUCGCGGACCGCUAUGGUCGGAAGGUGUCUGCUUCGGUCGCAUCGGUGAUCAUGAUCGUCGCCUCUGCAGUUUGCACGGGGGCGAACAGUAUGGGCUUGUACAUUGCAUUCCGCUUCUUCUGCGGUUGGGCAGCAUAUCAAUUUCUUUGCACCAUCCCGACGUGGGUUACCGAGAUCACGCCACCUUCCCACCGCGGUGUUCUUGGGAACAUCAUUGCGGUCAACAUCGGAGUUGGCUAUGUUAUUGCUUCUUUUGGCGGGGUCGGUUUCUACUUUGUGACGGGCGAUAGUCAAUGGCGCGGCAUCACCGGACUACAGAUGCUCUUUCCCAGCCUCCUGCUCGGUGCCAUGUAUUGGCUUCCCGAAUCGCCCCGAUACCUGAUCGCCAAAGACCGACACGAGGAGGCAUUGUCUAUCUUGAAAACGCUACACUCCAGCGCAUCCCAGUCGGAUCACUUCGCUGAGAUGGAAUUUUACCAGAUUCGGAAGCAAAUUGAAUGGGACAAUGCGCACAAAAUGACAUACGUUCAGAUCUUCAAGCACCGGACCAUGAGGAAGCGAGCUUUCAUCACCAUCUGCCUAACAUGGUGCAUGGUGGGCUCUGGUGUCCUCGUCAUCAACAACUAUGGCACUGCCAUCUAUUCUGCUCUUGGCUACAACGAACUCGACACUCUUCUCUUCCUGGGCGGCUGGGUCACCAUUGUCAUGCUUGCUCCCUUGCUUUCCAUGACUUUCGUGGACAGAGUGAGCCGAACUUGGCUUUUGGCAAGCGGAUUCUUCCUCUGCAUGUGCACUUUGAUCGUCGAGGCAGCUCUGCAGGCGACUUAUCUUGGGACCACCAACUCCUCUGGUCUGGCGGGAGGCGUGGCCAUGACAUACCUCUACGUUUUCUUCUAUGUGGUUUGCCUGGACGGCCCAAUGUUCUUCUACAUUGGAGAAAUCUGGCCCUCGCAAGUCCGGGUCCAAGGAUUUGCUAUCGGUAUCGCUGCCCAGAAUCUUUCCAACAUUGUAUGGAGUUCGGCCGCCCCUGCUGCAUUUGCCAACAUUGGCUGGAAGUACUAUAUCUUUUUCAUCCUUCAGGCAUUCAUCGGAGGUGUGGCCGUUCUGAUGUACUUCCCCAACACAUUGAAGAAGCCCUUGGAGGAGAUUGCUGCCCUUUUCGGCGAUGUCGAGGAGGUGGUUGUAUUCCAGGGCGAGCUGGAUGAAUCACGCUUCGAAAACGGGCUCGGAGAGAAAGAUUUGGGCAGCAAUGCCGCGCAGGUUGAGAGUGUAGAGGUCGAGAAAAAGUGA